CUGAAGGUGCAGCUGGCGCAGAAGGAGCAGGAGCUGGCGCGCGCCAAGGAGGCUCUGCAGGCCAUGAAAGCUGACCGCAAGCGCUUGAAGGUGGAGAAGACGGACCUGGUGAGCCAGAUGCAGCAGCUGUACGCCACGCUGGAGAGCCGUGAGGAGCAGCUCCGCGACUUCAUCAGGAACUACGAGCAGCACAGGAAAGAAAGCGAGGAUGCGGUGAAAGCCCUGGCGAAGGAGAAGGACCUCCUGGAGCGGGAGAAGUGGGAGCUGCGGCGGCAAGCCAAGGAGGCGACAGACCAUGCCAGCGCCCUCCGCUCCCAGCUCGACCUGAAAGACAACCGCAUGAAGGAGCUGGAGGCCGAGCUGGCCAUGGCCAAGCAGUCCCUCGCCACGCUGACCAAGGACGUCCCCAAGCGCCAUUCCUUGGCCAUGCCGGGCGAGACGGUGCUGAACGGCAACCAGGAGUGGGUGAUGCAGGCCGACCUCCCGCUGACGGCCGCCAUCCGGCAGAGCCAGCAGACCCUCUACCACUCGCACCCCCAGCACUCGGCGGACCGGCAAGCGGUCAGAGUGAGUCCCUGUCAUUCCCGGCAGCCGUCCAUCAUCUCCGACGCCUCUGCGGCCGAGGGUGACCGGUCGUCCACACCGAGCGACAUCAACUCACCCCGGCAUCGAACACACUCGCUCUGCAACGGGGACAGUCCUGGACCGGUACAGAAGAACUUGCACAACCCAAUUGUACAGUCUCUAGAGGACCUGGAAGACCAAAAACGGAAAAAGAAGAAAGAGAAGAUGGGCUUCGGCUCCAUCUCCAGGGUGUUCGCCCGGGGGAAGCAGCGCAAGUCUCUCGACCCCGGCCUCUUCGACGGUACGGCCCCCGACUACUACAUCGAGGAGGACGCGGACUGGUGA